AUGGAGGCUCCAGAUGAUGAGUACCAAAAGUGGGCCGCGACGACCUUUGACGCGAGCGACACGGAGGCAAUCCACAGAGGCAAAGCGCUUAGUUGCGUCCUUUGCAACCUUCUGACCAAGACUGUCUUGGAGACGCACCAGCUGAACAAGAAGCGGCCCCUCCACGAAAGAUUUGACCAGGAGCAAACGCAGGAAGUUCUUCUCGACUUAUGUUCUGACCUUGCGGGUCCAAUCUCCAGGCAGAUGGAUGUGAUCCAGGAGGAUGUGAACAUGGUUUGCAGCCGGGUGGUGAGAGAGAACAUCGGAGACAUGAUGGAUGCCGUGUCGCUGGGUGAAGAAGUGCGCCAGUUUUGCGUCGAGCAGAAAUUGUGCGAGUUGACGUUUGGAGGCAUGGAGAAGAUACAAAAGCUGAUGAUGGAGCUGGGCAUGAAGAAGGACGCUGAGCGUGUGUUCUUGUUUAGGCGUGACAGCCUUCGGCCCUUGAUUUGGCCAGGGGAAGGAAGAUCUGUGAGUGCCAGCGCAGAAAGCUUAUCUUGGCUAAGCCAGAUGAGAUUGCUUCUAUGGCUAGAAAACAGGUGUGCGCUGCGCGCUCGAGCAAGCUCGGUAUUGUACAUCGAGUGCAACUUGGCAGCUUGGGUGCUGUCAGGCGGGCAAUGCUGGCACCACAAGCCUUGCCAAUCCGAUCAACUGUGUCUUCAAGGCCCAGGACGGCCACGGCAAAGUUCUCCGCCUUCAGUGAACUUGGGCGUAGCGUGUAUAGGGCGGAAUGCAGGUUGGACAAAUCUUCUGUGCUCGGUAUGUCACGGUCUCUACGUCCAUUUUUUACAGAAUGUACCAGGAGCUGUAACGGGUGUGACGUGA